CAUUCAUUGGGUGGGCCAAAAGACAAGUCCAUUCUGCUGAUUUGGUGGCCAGUCGUGCAUGUUGAAUGUGGAUCAUUGGUCUAGUCAUACGCUUCUUUCGUACCGUGGCCCAACCGGUGAGCAGAUUGGUCAGAUUUUUGGAGCCAGGGGAUCUAUGCUAUGGGGCCCGUCUAAUGGGCGCCUUGAAUCUUGCACUCAUGCACCAUGUUGGCAUGGUCUAUCGUGGCCCAGGAUUGGAAUUGAGUCAUCUGAACUGUAUGGCACUGAGAUUUUGGAUCGCACUAGUACUGUUGCCAAUCAGAUUAGAGAGUUCUCAUGCUUACCAGACAAGAUGCAGACCCACAAACGGAUGCAGGUGGCAGAUAUUGGUGGGCCUGGGAAGAGAGCAGUAUCCGCAGAUAUGCUGAUAUUUUUUAUUAUUAUUGGUAUUCUAUGAAAGGUGUUGACAAUUACAGUAAUCAGGCAUGCAAUGGUUGUUUGGUGAGAAAAUUUGGUGAAACGAGAGCUGUAUAUAUCAAUCAUGAUUACAAGAAGAGGAAGAAUGAAGAUGGAAAUUAUUUGGAUGGUGGUGAUUUAUUGGCAUUGACUGUCUGGCAGUUGAUCAUCCUGGACUGGUCAUCUCCCAAGUCACCCCUGAUCGGCCAAGUCGGGCUGGUUCAGCCCUGACUUGGGCAAGUUGCUUGUAGGGUUGGUUCCAUGGAUUAAUAUUGGAUUUCGGGUUCAUAUCCGAUCAGAAGUCAUGCGGGAACUGAUACCCAGUUGUAUGAUUUCUAGCUUUCUU